AUGAAUUCAAAGGACAAGCAGAUAAAGGAAAGACUUUACCAGCUCAGGAAAACCAGUGCAGAUGGACAGCUGCAGAUUCAACAGAUUUGGAGGCGCUAUGAUGCUGACAGCAGUGGGUUUAUAUCUGCUGUGGAACUUAAGAGUUUCCUGGAGGAUCUGUUUCAGCAGCAUAACAAGCAUAUCACUCUGGACAGACUGGAGCAGUACACCCACGUCAUGAUGAAGAUGUUUGACAAAAACCAAGAUGGUCGGCUGGAUUUAAAUGAUCUUGCCAGGAUUUUGUCCCUAAAGGAGAACUUUCUGCUGAAAUUUGAGAUGGACGCAUGCAGUCAAAAGGACCGACUGAGGGAUUUUGAAAAAAUAUUUGCCCACUACGAUGUGAGUAAAACAGGAGAGCUGGAGGGACCAGAGGUGGACGGAUUUGUUAAAGACAUGAUGGAGCUGGUCAAGCCAAACCUGAGUGGAGCAGACUUGGACAAGUUCAAACGGGCCUUGCUCAGUCACUGUGACAUAAACGGAGAUGGCAAGAUCCAGAAGAAUGAGCUGGCACUGUGUCUGGGGCUGAAACUCACUACUUGA